CAACAAUCUGGGGCGUCGUUUGCACAGUUUGCACACAAAAUCUCGUCGUCCCCAGUAAAAAAAGUGAAUUCGUACGAAAUCCUCCGGAACCCGCCUCUAAAUGGACACCAAACCGCUGACCAAACUCCUACCGCACGAAAUCACCGCCAAGAAGAGCCUCAAACCCGUCAAAACAACCGUCCGCUUCAAGAAGGCCGACGUUCGUCAGUGCCGGCUCUGCCUGCGAGUGCUCCCCCGGGGCGACGUUCGACUUACGGUCGAAAACGACGCCUACGACUUCCGGCGCAAAAUCAUCGAUGCCGUUGGGGUGACAAUCGUCGAUGGAGACAAAGUUCAAGGCGUUUGCGCCAAUUGCUUGCUGCUUGUGGACAUAAUAGGGAACUUCCGGGAGUCGUGUCGGAAGGCGGAUAUUAUUCACGGGAAGCGACUGCUGAUGAUGCAUCCCGGAAGUUGGAGUGGUGAAAGCAGUAAAAAGGUGUUCGAGGAUUGUCACAACCUGGUGAAGCGCAAUAGAUCAGAGAUGGAUGCCUUGUACCAGUGCUUCGAGCGGAGGGAGGAAGAGGAAGCAGUAAAAGAGCGGAUGAAACCGGAACCUGGUACGGAUCAGGACAUGGAAGUACAAAGUGAAUCUAAGCGGGGUUAUUCAGCGUUGGAAUCUCCCGAACCCCAGAUUAACUCAGUUCCAUCGUCCCACCGGAAGAAUGUCAUGUGCGACAUUUGCGGGGAAUUCAAGGAAUCGUCCCAAAUGGAAGGCCAUCGGAACAGGCAUCUGGACACUCGGCCAUACGCGUGCGCCAACGACGGAUGCGACAAGCGGUUCUUCUGCGGCAAAUCUCUGUCGAAUCACGUCGCUACCAUGCAUACCGGAACCACGCGCCUGUGGGAGUGUGAAAUAUGCCAGCGAAAGAUCAAGGGGAAAUCCCACCUGAAGCUGCACAUGGCCAUUCACGAGGCGGAAGGGAGCAAUCCGCGCAAGACGAGUUGCCAUAUUUGCGGGAAGAUGUUCUACAAGUGUUAUCUCAAGGAUCACAUGGCCGUCCACACGGGCGAGAUGGCCUACAACUGUGCACUCUGUGAUCGAUCGUUUGCCGCCAUGAACAAUUGGAUCUCGCACUGCAAAAAAACCCAUCCCGAUGUUGAAUGUAACCCCAGGAACGUGUCCCGGCGCGUCGUCGAAGGUGUGAAAGUUUAAUAAAGAAAGUGAUAUUAGAGUACUA